AUGUCAGAACCUCUUUCCAAAAUAAAAGUCCUUCUAGAUAAUGAUCCUUCAGAAAGAUUCCACUUUGUAGUUCUUGAUAGUGAAACUCCACGAUAUAUGAGCGUUAAGAUAUCUUCUGCUAUAGAACAUAUCGAACGCGGUAACGAACGUAAUUAUAAGAGUCCCUUGAGGAACCUAUAUAUGCUAUUUAGGAAUGAUAUUACCGAUACAUGGAAUUUGGCAAAAGAAACUAAAAAAUUUCGCAAAUACCCUGAAUCGUUUAAGAAUAUUUCAUUAAUUUGGAAUAAUUUGCCAAAAAACGUCGUUGAAAUUUAUGAACAAAUUUACACUAAUUAUAAGGAAUUAAUUCCAAAAUUUGAAGAAUUUGUUCCUUAUGCUCCUCAAGGAGAAAAUGAAGAAAAUAUGGAUGAAAAUAUCGUUGAAACGGGAGCAGAAAAUAUCGAAAAGUUUGUUAAUAAUUCCGAAACCUUGGUUUUUCGAUCUGAAGAACAUCAACAUUUUACUUCUGCUAAUCGCGAUAAUUUGCCUCUUAUAACCAAAUCAGUUGAAAAAAAUGAAGUAGUUUCAGGUUUAGUUCAAUCAUCGGAACUUUAUACAUCAGAAAUGCAAUAUAAUUCGCAUGAUCUUAACAGCGAAAUUAAUACGGGGAGUGAUAAUAUGAGAGGAUUCCCAAAGUUUAUUCAAUAUUCUCCCCCCAAAAAUGUAAAUAAAAGAGAAGAUUUUGAAGAAUUUAUUAACUACUCCGAGGCUUCGGUUUUUCGACCCGAGGAAUAUCAACAUUUUACUUCAGCUAAUUAUAAUAAUUUACCUCCUACGGGUGAAAAAACUGAAGUCGUUUCAGAUUUAGAUUCAUAUAAUAAUUGUGUGCCAGUUCAACCAUCGGAACUUUAUACAUCAGAAAUGCAAUAUAAUUUGCAUGAUCUUAACAGCGAAAUUGAAAUCGAAAUGUAUUUAAACUCCCUAUCAAACACUGAGAAUGAUAAUGCGGAAGGACUCCCAACUUUUUAUCAAUCAUUUUGA